AUGGCUUUCUCCCUAAAACGCUUCUUCCGAGGGAUGAGGUCGGCAUGCGCCCCAAUAAUGGCUAUCAUAUGCUUCUCCCUUAUGCUCACUUAUAUUUUCAUUCUCUAUCAACCGACGCCUGGACCUGGUAUAAAGCAAAGACUUGGAUGGCAGUCGUGGGACAUUGUAUCGAUGUCGGAAAGCGACUUGGCCUCCGCCGCAAACACCACCGCUCCAACAUCCGGCACUGACGAGGACAUUCCAGACGGUGUGGAUUGGUGGAAUGUCACUCAAGGUGACGCAACUUACGAUUCGGCUAGUCUCCCUUUGGAUGUAUGGGGACCGCUACUGCCUCAUGAUACCGGCCUGUCUGAAAUCACCCUUACGCGAUGUAUGAUUGACCCCAAGUUUGCGGAAGAUCUCUGUUCGCCUGACACAACUCCGGAAAAGGAUGCUAUCAGGGGCAAUUGGGUCCGUGUAGAGAGGAAUCUCAACGUGGAAGCGGGAUAUUGGUCUGGGAUAUCUGGUGAAGCAAGCUUGUAUUACAGACGAACACGACGACAAGAUAUAAAUCUCAUUACUGAUAUCCGCUUGCUCCCUAAAGACGAGGAACCGAGCUCAGAAGAUGGCUGGCAUAAGGUCUCUCUCUCCGCUCGGGCUGGUGUUAUUGGGGUUCCACCCAUGUACCUGUGGUAUCGUGUGGGAAAGACUGCAGGUGCUAUGACUGCGGAAGAGCGCGGUCAAAUAAUAACCGAGCUUGACGUUUUGUAUGGGGAGGAUAUUCCUUGGAGCCGCCCACGCUACCCACUAACUGGACGAACCGUUGAUACAUGGUUAACGUUCCGUCGUGGUGUAAAGCCUCCACCACGCGCCCCGCCACUUCAUUUCUCACACUCCGGCGACUUCAAGAUCUUGCAAGUGGCUGACCUUCAUUUUUCUGUCUCCCAAGGCAAAUGCCGGGAUGUUGACUUCCCAUGCCAGAAUUCGGAUAACUUAACCUCCACGAUGCUUGGAAGAUCGGUUCUGGCAAAAUUUGCUAGAGCUGUGACAGAAAGAGGAAUACCCUGGGCGGCUAUCUUUGGAAACCACGAUAGUGAAGUUGGUGCAGGGAGAGAGGAACAGAUGAAGUUAAUGAAGGCGUUGCCUUAUAGUCUCGUUCAGCGGGGACCGGAGGACAUACAUGGCGUAGGGAAUUACGUUCUUAAAGUCAUGAGUGCGGAUGCGUCCAAGAUGCAUCUAUUGACUCUAUACUUCUUGGACUCGGGAUCCUACUCCAAUGGGUUUCUACAACUUCUGGGGAGCGAUCAAAUCGAUUGGUUCUUGCAGGAAUCAGGCUCAAUAUCGCCAAUAGAACGACCUUUUUCACCUGAUACGGGCAAAGAUUUUGGUGACUCGUGGACCAAGCGACAAGAGGACCAAGUGACUCCAAUAACGACCAAGCUAGCCAAACCAAACGCCCUCAUGUUCUUCCAUAUUCCUUUACCUGAAUCCUAUACACCAGCGGAUACUGACCCUCGAACAGGACAACCGCUCGAUGUUGGUAUCCAUGGAGAGGAGACAGCAGGAAAUGCGAAGGGAACUGAUGGAUUCUUUGAGAAAGCAUUGCUGGCCUCAUUGGAGAGCGAACAUGUUUCGAAAGGAACUGAACAUGAGGUCAAAGUUGUGGCGAAUGGCCAUUGUCAUCUUACCGAGAAUUGCCGUCGCGUGCACGGUAUUUGGCUGUGCUUCGGAGGCGGAGGGUCAUAUUCGGGUUACGGAAAGAUAGGGUUUGAUCGCCGAUUCCGGGUUUACCAAAUUUCAGAUUAUGGGGAGACUAUAAGAACAUAUAAACGAACUGAGAAAGAUGAGAUUCUCGAUGAGAUGGUCCUCGUCGGACGGGGUGCGGCACCAUGA